AUUGCGCCUGCGCGGCUCCUCCCCCGCUCCUCGCUUUGAGAUGGCUCCCUCCGCCCGGCUAGAUAAUACCUCACAAGGAGAUGCAGGACCUUCUGUCCCCUAAAAGCAAGACAAGUAGCUGUGUGUGUCUGUGUUGAGGAGGCUUCAUUUCAAAAUUUCACAACUUGGAAAGGGUCCUUAAGUACGAACAAAAUGAAGCCAUCCCUGAACAAGAUGAAGCCAUUCCUAAAUGGACCAUGGAACUGCAAUGGAUUCCUAUCCACUUCUUAGUGCUAGAUCCACUUUAACAUGGCCUCAGGUGGACCUCCAGUAACUGAUGCAGCCAUGGAGAGCAUUACAAAACUGUUUAGUGACCUAUGUGAGGCCCAUACUUCAGUCUUAUCAAAGGAGGUCCAUUUGGGUAGAGGGAAGACUGGCAAAAGAAGGUCAAACAAAAUCCUCAAGAAGAUAGCCUAUAAUGCAUUAUUUGCUAACCUUUUCCUGGAGGAGGGCCGGAAAUUACAAUCAAACACUCCCAAACUACCUGUGAAAAAUAAAAUUUUAAUGCUGUCUUUCAACUUGAGAGUUGCUGGAAUGGGCCCAGAAGCCGAAAGACUGGAGGAGCUUGUAGAUGAGUUGGAAAAAUCUACCUGUUUACCCUUUACAGAAAUCCAUUCAGUUCUAGAUCUUUUGGUACAGCUUGCAGGAACUGGGCCGCCUCAGUGUACACCACUGAAAAAGGAUUACUUUCUGAACAACAAAUAUGUUGGAAGAAACGUUAAAUACCAAGGCUACGAUUAUUAUGAUGUUAGUGUGUUUGAAGCAGACAUGCAGGCAUUUGUUGCUAAUGAAGAACAUCACUUGAAUGAUACCGUUCAAAAGACACUGCAGAUGAUGGAGGCAGCGCCUGGCACGGGCCUUCCUUCUGUUGAACUGUUUUCACAAAAUUGUCCAGUAGGCGACAGGUUUGAGCGAGAAACCCGUGUCUCGCUGUUUGGCGCUCUUGUUCAUAGUCGAACGUAUGACAUGGACAUCAAGCUGGACCUGCCACCUGUACCUGACAGUGCCGAUUUGUCUGGACUUGCCAUUAAGGUUCCCCAAAGUAUAGAUCCCUCAGAAGAUGAAGGGUUCCAGUCAGCCUCCAAUCUCACUCCUGACUCACAAUCAGAACCCAGUGUGACACCAGAUAUUGAUCUCUGGGAAGCAGUGCUUACAUAUGGACCUAGUAAGCGAAGAUGCUGGGAAAGGAUUGGAUGUCCACCAGGAAAAAGAGAAGAACCAUACCUUUCUGAGGCUGGUAGAGAAGCCUUUGACAAAUUUUGCAGACUUCGAGAAGCAGAAUUGCAACUUUUCAGCAGUAACAAGCUUCAGCUCCCUCAACGUGUGCUGGUGAAAGAAUCUGAAAUCGUUAAGGAUGUUCUCAAUGUCCUUAUUGGAGUGGUAUCUACUUCAUUUUCAUUUAAUCAGGCUGCCCAGAGGUUUGCGGUCAAGCAGGGCCUGUAUGUGUCUGGAACGUCACCUGAAAGCAUGCACAGUCUUCUAUCGGAACUUGCUGAAUAUGGAACUUACUACACACGCCUGAGCCGCUUCUCUAUCCAACCAGUCCUGGACUCUUCAUAUAGGAAAGGUCUUGUGUUUCAGGCAUUCACCAGUGGGCUAAGGAAGUACCUUCAGUAUUAUCGAGCAUGUGUCCUGUCAACUCUUCCCACGCUCACGCUUCUGACUAUCAGCUUUCUCUUCAGGAAACUAGGACGCCAGCUAAGAUAUUUAGCUGAUCUCUGUGGCAUAGGAGUGACUUCACCGGGAAUCGGUGGUGGCAAUAACACAUCCUUUCCAACCGGAGUGAAGCUUCUUUCCUAUCUAUACCAAGAGGCCCUUAAUAACUGCAGCAAUGAACAUUACCCAGUUCUUUUGUCACUACUUAAAACAAGCUGUGAACCAUAUACAAGGUUUAUCCAUGAUUGGGUAUAUAGUGGUGUGUUCAGAGAUUUAUAUGGUGAAUUUAUGAUUCAGGUGAAUGAAGAUUAUCUAGGCUUUAGAGACAAACGUUACUGGACCCAUGGAUAUGUUUUGAUUUCAAAAGAAGUAGAAGACUGCGUCCCUGUUUUCCUGAAACAUAUUGCUAAUGAUGUCUACGUUUGUGGGAAAACCAUAAACUUGUUAAAGUUGUGUUGUCCCAGGCACUAUAUAUGCUGGUCUGAUAUCCCUGUUCCUCGGAUUUCUGUGAUUUUCUCCUUUGAAGAAUUAAAAGGGAUUGAGAGAGAUUGUGCAGUGUAUGUUGGUCGAAUGGAAAGAAUUGCACGUUACAGCACCAUCAGCAAGGAAGAAAAGGACUUGCGCAUGGAAAUUGAAAAACAGGAGUUAAUUGUUCACGCUCGAGAAAUGGCCAGCAAAGCUCUAAAAGCCUUUACAGAUCAACAAAUAUCUCAGAAAAUGGCCCUGGAUGCAAAGAAGCGUGCGCAGUUUCAGAAAUUAAAAGAACAAUUUGAAAAAGAUCAACAGCGGCGACAUGCUUUGAAACAAGAAGAGAUUGAUGACAACUUCAGCUAUGCCCGAGAGCUCAGAGAAAGGGAGAAAAGAUUGAAGGCUUUAGAAGAAGACUUGGAGAAGAGGGCAAGGCAAGAGUUAAUUGACCAUUAUAGCAAACUCUCAGAAGAAGCAGCUCAUAGAGAAAAGAAAGCCUUAUGGAAAAUUCAAAGACAUAAACUGGAAACAGCCCGUCUUAAGUUUCUGAUGGAAGAUCAAAAACGUAUUGAGGAAAUGCUUGAAAAACUUCCCAAUGGACAAUACAGGAGGAAGGUAGAUAUAAUUCCAGAAUAUCGAAGUCAGCAGGCUUCAGCUGGGCUUCUGCCAGUGGGAGAUUCUGUUCUUCAGUUAACUCCUGCAGAGCCUGACUAUCCUAAUGAUAGAGACACUGACAGAAAUACAGGAUCUGAGCUGGCAAAUGAUGCUUCAGAUAAACCACUAGACGUUGCACAGCCAGCAAAUACGCAGGCUACUGAGUCUUCUGAGUUGGAAGAAACAGAAACCGCAACCCAGGUACUCUGUACAAAGGGAACAGUUCCUCUCUCAAAGAGUGUGUCAGAACAAGGCCUGGAUUUUGAAGAUUUUUUACCAAAGUCUCAGGAGGAAACCCCUUCAGCCCCCUGUACUACAAAGGAGAGCAGCUUAUUAGAAGAAGCUUUGCAAAACAUCAGUUCCGAUCUUUCCUUGAGUGACCAGGUGGUUGAAGGAAAUUCUGCACUGAAAGAUGUCACAGAAGGAGAAGCAAUCGCCCCAGAAUAUGACUUCAGUACUGUUCUCAGGCCUUCAGGUUUGCAAAGUCACGUCAGAGUUGGGGAAAAUGUUUUUGAGGUUGAAAGCAGGAGGCCUCGUUGGAAUAUCCAUGGCCAUUCUUCUGAUGCAAGCAUUAAGAUAGGCGAGUAUGUUCCAGGUGCAGAAGCAACCCAGCCGCAUUCAAAUCCUCAUGGCCAUUCUUCGGAUGCACACAUUCGAAUUGGAGAAUACACUCCUGAGGAAGAGACAAGCCGGCCUCGCUGGAAUAUCCAUGGCCACGUGUCUGCAGCUCACAUUCAAGUUGGAGAAUAUGCCUCUGAUGUUGAGCCCUCCAGGCCCAGGUGGAGUGUCCAUGGGCAUGCUUCAGAUGCCAACAUCAAGAUUGGCGAGUUUGUGUCUAACGUAGAGCCAAGCAGACCUCGGUGGAACAUCCACGGACACACGUCGGAUGCCAACAUCAGAAUUGGAGAAAAUGUUUCUGAGGUGGUGUCCUGUCGGCCUCGGUGGAAUAUCCAUGGUCAUGCCUCCGAGUCGCACUUUAGGACUGGGGAACUUGUUUCGGAUCUUGAGGUUUCAAAGCCUCGAUGGAACCCCUUUGGCCAUGCAUCCCAAUCAAGUAUCCAGAUCGGCCAAUUUACUCCUUCAACUGACAGUGACCCGAUACCUCAUCUUAAAACAGUCUCUGGCCCUGCCUCUAGCUCUACGUUACAGGCAUUCUUAUACAACGGGGCGUUUUCUGCUGUCAAAGGGAAUAAUAAAGGGCAAGAAGUGAGAUCAUCUGAUUCUGUAUUGGGAGUUAACCUGGAUGAAAACCAAGAAAGGAGCUUAGGAGAAGAAGAGGAAGUAAUAAUAUCAAUCACAACAGAAGAUAUCGAAGAACCACCAAAUCCUCCUCAGAAUUCGCAGGGAGAAGACACUGAGAAAUCAACAGAAUUGGUUCUCGUAACUCAGGAAAUUUGCAUUUCCAACGCCAGUACAUCUGAAAGUCAAGAAGGAGAGAACGCUGCUGUUGCCAUGUGGAAGAAGGAGGAAGAUUAUUUGAAAACGUUGUCUGAUCAGUAUUGUCUGGAAGAAUAUCAAGACAACUAUGAUUUGAUGUCAGAGCUUCCAGUUUCCCAUCUCCUGCAUCAUGUCAUCCCGCGAUCCUUCACGUUCCCCAUGGAGCCAUCGGCACAGUCAGCAACUGAUGAAACUGCUGUACAGCUCAGUGAGCUCUUGUCUCUGCCAGUGCUGAUGAAACGGUCUGUUACUGCUCCCUUGGUUUCUCAUGUUUCCCUGGUGAACAAAGCCAUUGUCGACUACUACUUUGUGGAGCUGAAUGUUGAGAAGCAUUUUGGAGCCUUAAGGCAUUUUUUGCUGAUGGAAGAUGGAGAAUUUGCCCAGUCACUCAGUGAUUUACUUUUUGAAAAGCUUGGUUCAGGCCAGACACCUGGUGAACUUCUAAACCCACUAGUUCUCAAUUCAAUAUUAAAUAAGGCACUGCAGUACAGUCUUCAUGGAGAUACUCACUUGGCUUCCAAUCUUUCUUUUGCCCUGAAAUACCUCCCAGAGAUGUUCAAACCUAAUGCUCCCGAUGCCCUAAACUGUUUAGAAUUACGAUAUAAGGUGGAUUGGCCCUUAAAUAUUGUCAUUACUGACAACUGCAUGAACAAAUAUAACAAAAUUUUCUCCUUCUUGCUGCAACUGAAGCAUAUGGUGUGGACACUUAAGGAUGUUUGGUUCCAUUUAAAGCGAACUGCCCUAGUGAAACAUGCAUCAAAUUCCGUUCAAUUUCGGCAGCUCCAGCUUUAUAAGCAUGAAAUGCAGCACUUUGUCAAAGUGAUUCAGGGUUAUAUUGCGAACCAGAUCUUGCACGUGACCUGGUGCGAGUUUCGAAACAAACUGUCUUCGGUUGGGAACUUGGAAGACAUUUACAAAACACAUGCAGAAUACCUCAACAAAGCAAUUUUCCGGGGCUUGCUGACAGAAAAGGCGGCUCCUGUGAUGAACAUCAUCCACAGCAUCUUCAGCUUCAUUUUAAAGUUCCGCAGCCAGCUGAUCUCUCAGUCGUGGAGUUUUGAUACCAGCAAACAAAUGGCCGUUCACCCCAACUUUGGCUUGAUGCAGCAAUCCUAUAACACCUUCAAAUAUUAUUCCCACUUCUUAUUUGAUGUUGUAACCAAGUUGGUCAACAGAGGAUACCAGCCUCACCUGGAAGAUUUCCUAUUACGAAUCAACUUUAAUAACUACUAUAAAGAUAACUGAGUUUGUAUAAUACAGCACAAACCUAUGAUAGAAUGGAUUCAGCAUUUUAUGGUUCAAUUCUGCUAUUUAAUGGUCUUGGCUUGUUGAAAAAUUCAAUAAUGCUUCUAAAACAGGAAGCUUUUUUUUAGAAACACUGACAGAGAGACUGGAUCCCCAGAAGAUCCCAUUUACAUCUAGGAAGAUACUUCUUUUUUCUCCAUCGCAUGACAGAAGUUCCUAUUGUCCUUCCUGGUGCAGGAAAGCAUGUUGCCCAGUGUCCAUACAGAAGUGUAAAUUUGUUAAUGUGUAAAUUGUGUAAACCUCUCUUGUAAAUGUGUGAGCAAUAAACCGCAAAACUAAAA